CAGAAAAUUAGCAGGAAUCAUGGCAGACGACGACGCCGUAGCAGCAUACCUCGCACGAGAACGAGCAGCCCUCGGAGAAGAUGCCGACCUCUUCUCCGGGUCGGGUAACGAUAAGGCGAAUGAUACGGCUGCCAACGGAGCUGGAAAUGCAGGUGGAAUGGACGGGUUCCCGGAUCUCGCUGGUCUCUCUUCUCCCCCGGCUCAAACCUCCACGCCUCAACCUCCCGCAAACAACAACAACAACACCGCCUCGGACGACUUUGACCCCAUGUCCAACUUCCCCUCUUUCGACCCGCCUUCCAACCAGAACGGCGGUAGUGGCGGAGAGUUCAAGGUGACUGGUCUCGAGGGGACCGGGAACGAGGAUGACGAGGAGAGGGCGAGGUUCGAGAGCAGUUUCCCUGAUAUCGGCGGGGAGGCUAGCGCUAUCGAGACCAUCCCGUACGGAGCCACCCCUUACCCCGCUCAACCCUACACCGCCCCUACCACCUCAUCCUUCCAACAACCCACUUCCAACUACACUUCCGUCCUCCCCCCUCCCUCUUUCCCCUCGACCCAAGUGCCCGAAUCCGACUCCCCCGCCAUCCAAGCGUGGCGUGAGAAGCAACGGGCCGAGAUCAAACAACGGGACGAGGAGUCAAAGAGGAAAAAGGAGGAGGUCGUCUUGAAGGCUGAAAAGGCGAUAGAUGGGUUCUACGAGAGGUACAAUGGCGAGAAGGAGAGGAGCAUCAAGAAGAACAAGGAGGACGAAAAGGCGUUCUUGGAGCAGUUGCAGGAAUCCAUUUCCAAGGGAACCACUUGGGAACGCAUCACCGACCUCGUCGACCUGCAGAACAGCCAGAGCAAGACCCUCCGGGCGUCUGUACCCGGUGGAUCGGAUCUGGCCAGGAUGAAGGAGAUCCUCCUGAGUCUGAGGAGGGAGGGAGACAAGGCGCCCGCUGCUGGGGGUUAUUAGGUCAACGUCCUCCUGGUGGCCAACUGGGAGGAUGGGAUGGCUAGAUGAAGGGUCGCAUGAAGGGGAUAUGACGAGUUUGUCUUUUUACGUGUCUGGAUUGUGCUUUCGCUUUAUUAUGGAUGAUAUGACAUUUGAAAUUUGUAGAGAAGUAUGAGAUCGUGCUGAACGAGCAUUGGCCGGGUGGUGGAAUGAAAGGGUACAGUAACCUUCGGUUGAGAGGGCCUGUAAAGGGUUCAAAACAUAUAUGCAUAUACAAC